ACUUCGAGGGCGCGCGCACCCAGAAAGCGCACGACAGAGAGCCUUUCAUCAGCAACUCCAACUUCGAGGAUGGAUCACAUCUCCGCUCAUGCAAUGAACAUUCCUAUAGCUAUGGAGGGAAAUGCGUUGUUUUGAAGAAACGUCGACGAACUUAACUUGACUCUUCUUUUUUUAACAGAACUCCCUGUAAUCAGUUGAACAUGUUCAAAGCAGUAUUUGGGAGGAAUAGGAAAGAAGAGAAGAGGAGCAGGAGGGAUCCAGCCGUAGUCACUGAUUACCACAGCCACAGUAUCCAACGAAGGGGUGCUGGUGCUUGGGUGACCCACUACCAGGAGCCUAGCCGUGCCCACCACCCCCACCCCUCAAGGGGCAGGCCGAGGGGGAAGCUGGCUAAGGGGGAGUCCAUCUCCCUGCCUUCCUCGCCCCUGGUCCAUCGCCAGUCCUACAUAAUGCCCUCACAUAUGGGCAUCAAGUCCCCAGGUCCGUACAGGAAGCUGGAGUAUGUGGAGAGUCCGUCUUUUCCUGGAGACGCGUUCGUCUUCGCUCUGAACAAUAGCAAGACUUCCCAAAGAGAGCUGCACGCGGAGCUCCAGCCCAGCUCCUCCACCUUCUCAACCCAGGAACUGAUGACCAGGCUGGGCUUCUUACUGGGAGAAGGGACCCCAGCCUCGCCUAGCACCCCCAUGGAGGACCGGAGGGAAAAGAAGUGUAAUAUCUCUGGCCAGGUGGUGAGCCCAUGCUCCACAUUGACCUGCAGCACUACGUCUCCAUGCUCCGACAGCCCCUGCUCCACCCUGGGUAGUAGCAGUACCGGGGGGCCACCCUCCUGUCUCCCCAAUCCCAGCCCCAGCCCAGGUGGGACCCUCCUCAGCCCCAGUCCCUGCCGGAGCCCCAGCUCCACACUUGAGAGCCAGGAUAGCGGAAUCAUAGCUACCAUCACCAGCUCUCCUGAGAAUGAAGAUCGCGGUGGUUCCACUCUGGAUCUGAGCAAAGAUGGCAGCUGGAGGGGCGCUGGGCGUGGCGGGCCCCGAGGCGACUCCUGCCCUCCUGUCGCCAAGGACGACCUGCCAGGACCCAGCGAGGCCCUGCCCAGGCCUGAAAUCACCAUCCUAGAGGAACCCAGAACUCCGCCCCCAGCCAAGAGGCCCCUCCCACAGCGCCACACGCACAGCACUUCUUCCCUGGUGAUGCAACGCCCUAACUCUGUGGCAGCCACUAGUUCCACUAAGCUGGAGGAUCUGAGCUACCUGGAUGAUCAACGGAGUGCUCCCCAGCGAAGCUCCAUCAAACAGCCCUGGAACAGCACAGGGGGAAGGGACGCCAAAGCGCGCUUCGCUCCCUUCAAAUCAGGCGACAUCGUGCUGAAGCCGUUGUUGUUUGAGGUUCCCACCGUCGCCAUGGAUGCACCGUUCCAAGGCCGUGAUUGGCUGUUCCAUCGGCUAGAGGAGGUCCUAAGGAAGAGUGACACCUGCGAGGGCCGUGGGGCCGUUAUCGUGGGCGAUGUGGGCUUUGGCAAGACGGCCGUCGUCUCGCGGCUGGUGGCUCUCAGCUGUCAUGGAGGUCACAUGCAACAGGUCCCCACCCAGAGCCCCUGCACCUCCCCCAAAAGUGGGGAUAGGGGGACAGACGGAGGCUCCAAACAGCCGCCCCAGCCCAGCACCCCCACCAUAGACCCCCAGCCCAGCGAAACAACCUGCCCCGGGACACCAGAGGCACACCGAGACGAUGCUGUCAAACGCCUGGCCAGCAAGGUGGUGUCCUAUCACUUCUGCCAGGCUGACAACACCUACACCUGCCUGGUCCCAGAGUUUGUGCACAGUGUCGCCGCCCUGCUGUCCAGAGCGCCACAGCUCAGCGGCUACAGGGAGCUGCUGCUAAAGGAACCUCAUAUACAGAGCAUGCUCAGUCUGCGCUCCUGUGUCCAGGACCCCAUCGCUGCCUUCCGCAGGGGAGUCCUGGAGCCCAUCGUAAACCUGCGGAAGGAAAGGAAGAUCCCGGAAGAAGACUUUAUCCUCCUGGUUGAUGGUCUGAACGAGGCAGAGUUCCACAAGCCGGACUACGGAGACACCGUCGCCUCCUUCAUCACCAAGAUCGUCUCCAAGUUCCCCUCCUGGCUCAAACUGUUGGUCACUGUCAGGACCUGUCUGCUGGAGAUCACCACCCUCCUACCCUUCUCCAGACUCUCACUGGACGACUUCCCAGAGAGCAGCGAGAUCGGCGGGGACCUUAGCGACUACAUCCAACACCGGGUCAUCGUCAGCCCCGAGAUUGCCGCCAACGUCACCACGCCCAACGGCACCGUCCCCGACCCCCUCCUCCUCAGCAAGUUCAACACCCACCUGGCCUCUCGCAGCCAGGGCUCCUUCCUCUACCUAAAACUGACCCUGGACCUGUUCCAGAGGGCCCACCUGGUUCUCAAGGGAGGCAACUACAUGGUAGUGCCCGUCUCUCUGGCUGAGGUGUACCUGCUGCAGUGCCGUGCGGGGUUCAAAGGGGAUGAAACCUUUGAGCGGGUGCUGCCCGUACUCAACGUGGUGCUGGCCUCGUUACACCCGCUGACGGACGAGCAGCUGUUCCGGGCGCUGAACGCCGGGGGUGUGAGAGGAGAGAUGUCCUGGGAGGACUUCCAACAACGCCUGGAGACCCUGGCCUGCGUCCUGGUGAGACGCAGGGACGGCACCCGCAUGCUCUUCCACCCCUCCUUUAGAGAGUGGCUAGUGUGGAGGGCGGACGGAGAGAGCACCGACUUCCUCUGUGACCCCAGGAGUGGCCAUGCUCUGUUGGCCUUCAUGUUCUCCAGACAGGAGGGCAAGCUGAACAGGCAGCAGACCAUGGAGCUGGGACAUCAUAUCCUGAAAGCACACAUCUUCAAGGGUCAGAGUAAGAGGACAGGUGUGUCCUCCAGUGUUCUGCAGGCUCUGUGGGUGAGCUGUAGCACCGACAGCCUCUCUGCCGCCCUGGCCUCCCUCAGAAAUCUCUACACACCCAACGUCAAGGUGAGUCGUCUGCUGAUGCUGGGCGGGGCGAGUGUGAGCGGGCGUUCAGAGGUGCUUGGUCGUUCCCCUGUGCUGGGUGUGCACGCCCACCUGGGUCACCUUGAAAUGGUGUCCCUGCUGCUGGAGCUGGGGGCGCCCGUAGACGGAGCCUCGGACAGCGGCAUGACCCCCCUCUGUCUGGCCGCCGCAGCAGGACACACAGGACUGGUCAGCCUGCUCUGUAAGAAGGGAGCCAAGGUGGGCCAUGUUGAUAAGAGUGGUCAGUGUGCCCUGAUCCAUGCUGGGCUGAGGGGCCACCCAGACAUCAUCCACUACCUGCUGAACCAGGACUGGGGCCCCACAGAGGCCCCGGAGGGCCAACAGCAGCAUGGUGUGAAGAGCAGUGUGAAGGGCCAGGCCUUACAACAGGCCCUGACGGCCGCCUGCAGCAUGGGACACACUCACGUUGUGAAGAGCUUACUGGAGCUGAAAGAUGAAGAUUUGGCUGUGCAGAUAGACGCUCCCGACACGCUCUGGGGAGAGACGGCUCUGAGUGCGGCUGCAGGCCGGGGCAGGACAGAGACGUGUGUUUUCCUGCUGGAGAGGGGUGCAGGGGCGGAGCAGCCCAACCGGAGGGGGGUGGUCCCUCUCUUCAGCUGCAUCAGGCAUGGACACCCCCAGGUAGCAGAGCUGUUUCUGCAGCGCGGUGUGGACAUUAACACCAUCGAUAAGCAGGGCCGCAGUUUGCUGAUGGUGGCAGCCAGCGAGGGCCACCUCAGCACUGUGGACUUCCUGCUGACAAAGGGCGCGUCUUUAGCCUCCGUGGACAAGGAGGGCCAGACAGCACUGAGCUGGGCGUGUCUGAAGGGUCAGAAGGGCGUGGUGCAGCGCCUGGUAGAGAAGGGGGCAGAGAUAGACCACCCUGACAGGAACGGACGUACCCCUCUCGACCUGGCAGCUUUCAACGGUGAUGCAGAGACGGUUCAGUACCUGGUGGAGAAGGGUGCGGUGGUGGAGCAUGUGGACCACAGUGGGGUGAGGCCUCUGGAGAGGGCUGUGGGCUGUAGGAACACUGCUGUAGUGGUCACCCUACUGAAGAAAGGGGCCAAGCUGGGCUACAGAACAUCCCCUUAUGAUCGAUCAGGUCAUGCUACGUGGGCGAUGGCCACAUCCAAACCAGACGUCCUCCUCAUCCUCCUACAGAAACUCAUGGAGGAGGGCAACCUGCUGUAUAAGAAGGGGAGGAUGAAGGAGGCAGCCCAGAGGUAUCAGUACGCCCUGAGGAAGUUCCCCCGAGACGGCUUCGGAGACGACCUGAAGGGCCUGAAAGAGCUCCGUGUCUCAUUGUACCUCAAUAUGUCACGCUGCCGCAGGAAAACCAAUGAUUUUGGUAUAGCAGAGGAGUUUGCCACCAAAGCCCUGGAACUGAAACCCAAGUCUUAUGAGGCGUUCUACACCAGAGCACGAGCCAAGAGGAGCAGCAGGCAGUAUGCGGCGGCGCUAGCUGACCUCAGCGAGGCGUCUCGGCUCUGCCCCACCAACCGGGAGAUCCGCCGUCUGCUGACGCGUGUGGAGGACGAGUGUCAACAACAACAACAGCAGCAGUCCCCCAACACACCACAGGGCCAACAAGCAGCACACAGCCAGACUCCCGACGACCUCACAGAGAGGAGCCAGGACACAGAGAGGAGCUGUGAUACACAGAGCCCGGAUGAACUAGAUGAUGAUUAUGAAGAGAUAGGGGGAGAGGAAGAGCCCUCACAGAACCCUUAUGGACCAAACAGGCCCAAGAACCCCUAUGGACCCGACAGGGCUCUCCCACAAGUACCAGGCGCAGCUCCCCUGGACCCCAGGCCUGGUUCCCCUCUGGAUGGGUCCACACAGACCAACCUGUCUCUGGACAAGCAGGGCCCUGUCCUACAGGGUCCUAGACAGAACCAAAGCAUGAAGACCAAGCAGCAGCACUGUAACUCCCUGCAGGUAGGGGGCAGACCAGGUGGCAGGCCUAUGUCACUGUGUGGCCCCUCCAGCCCCCUGCCAGGCAGACACAUCUCCACCUCCCUGAGACCCAGCCCUGGCCUGGGCAUCGACAUCAGCCCUCUGCCCUCUUCCACAGACCACCAACCGGGGCUCACCCCUGCCAACCACCACCACUCCUCAUCAGUCCAGCCCUUCCAGGGCCACUCCUCCAGCCUGGCUAGGGGAACAGACAGGCUCUCAGCCCACCACGGCACCAGGCUGGACGGACAGGCUGGGUCCCUCACCCCUGGGUUUGGUAAGGAGGUAAGGAGGGAGGGUUCUGGGGGGUCGGCUGGCCCCGGUCUGCGUUCUGGUGGUCAGACGGGCAGUAUGAAGGCCUCCAGCUCUAGCAGUAGCUUAGCCUCCAGCGGGACCCUGUCAGACAGCGGCAGGACCCAGGCGCCUCAGGGGCCCGACGUGCCUCGCCCCAAACCGGCUAAACCAGAGCUCAAGCCUCGGCCCUUCAUGGGGGUGAAAGACAAGGCAGUGCGUGUCCAGGGGCAGCCCCCACCUGGACUGUGCUGGCAAGGUCAGCCUCACUCCCAGCCACUCUCCCCUGAAGGUCUAGAGAACCAGAGACACAGCAUGGCCCCUAUGGACAACAUCCAGGGAUUGAACAAUGAGUUCAAGCAGAGGUCCUCUUACGCGGAGCCACUGCAGAGCCAGGCUCCCCUCCAGGUGCUCAACGGGGCCCAGGCUCAGGCCCAACACCUGGCCCAACAGGCUCAGGCCAAGGCCCUGGCCAGGGAGUUUGGAGACAGGUUCUACCACAGGGAGCCAAGACCAGGUCCAGCUGCAGGCCUACAUCACUCCUCCCAGUUCCCAGACGGGAACCACCGGCAGGCAGGGCUCACCAGAGAUAACCCAGCCAUCCUACCCAUCAAACCUAAACGCUCCUUUAUAGAAUCCAACGUCUGAACUGACCCUACAUUCAGUCAAGCACAAACACAGGUGCAGACACCAUAACAAGUGUCUCUGUAUUCCAGAGAAACGGUGGCAAGGGAAGGGUUUCAAAGUUUAUUUCUUAAUCUGACUCUUGUAAAGUGACAGUGUAUGUGAUGCACUGCGUUUAGACUUAAGCAGCAUUUGAGGCUUUUGUGCUUUUUGCGUAAGCAUGCCUAGAGCAACGCCAGUAAGCCAACAACACAGUGCACAUAAUCAGACCUGGGAAGCAUCAUAUCGUACCAGCCCAAUAGCUGAACAGUAGCACAGCAUCCUACUAUGGGCCAUUAUAACAAUGUAACUAUGAUGUAGUUUGUAAAGAACAACACUAAAGGGUUUCGAUACUAAUGGACGAGAAGCCAUUUGAGUAAACGAUUGGCUAAUGAUCGGCACGCAUAUUCAAUAGGGAUGUUUAUACAUUAGAUUUGUAUGUGUUCUAUUUAUAGAUUAUAUAAGUGGCGACAGCCUUUGUCAGUAUAACGGAGCCCUCAAUGCAAAGUGUUUCACAAUGCAUGGAGGGUUCUUAUCCUUUGUACAUUUUAUAAAUAAUCAUAUUUAAGUGUACAUAUAAUCCUACGGACAUUGUUGUAACUGCUUGUUGUUGCGGUCUAUGUUCAUUUAUUUACUGUGCCGAGGGCUUGGUCAGCUGUAAGAGCAAUAUAUUUGAUAUAGUUAUUUUUGCACAGCUAGAGAAAUAAUUGAAAAGUUGAUGGAUUUAUUUAGUUUGUGUGCGCCCAACAUUAACAGUUUACAGUAAGGUACAGAAUAGCUUGUAAGGGUAUUAUUGGUGAGACGAUACAGAUAUUCUACAUGAACACUGUUGCCAUCUUCGUGAGCUAUGCGACACAUUAUACAGACUAUGCUCAAGCACUACUACCAUAAUCAUGGGAAAAUAAAAUCUCUUUGGAA